AUGUCGUCGGCAAGUGUCCCUAGUUAUGGAAAAAGAGAAAACAUCGAACUAACUGAACGGCGCGCAAAGCAAUCCAACCAGGACGCAUGCGUCUGUGUAUUCAACCACGUCGGCAUCUCCGUGCCUGACUGCGAGGCAGCUGUCGCGUGGUACAGCUCGGUAUUUGGCCUCCGACUGCUGAAGCCGGUGCUGCACUUGAAACGAGAGCAAUUCCCCGGCGCCCCGAUCUUCAAGUUAUUCGACGACGCUCUGCAGGAGUUCAAGCUCGCAUGGCUUGGGACGGGUCACUCGGUUGGACUGGAGAUAUUCGAGUUCAUCGACCCUUGCCACAGGACACCCGAGGGGCCGGCUUUUGAUUACUCGCGGGGAGGUGUCUUCCACAUCGCUAUGACUGUUACGGACCCGGAGAAGCUCUGCCGAGAGGUCGUUAAGGCCGGCGGGAGUAGGAUGGGCGAGCUGAUACCUAUGCCGAUGGGGAAUGCAGUGGCUUAUUGUCAGGACCCUUGGGGCAAUGCGAUCGAGCUUUUGACGACGAGUUUUGCUAAUAUGGUGGCUAACGGCGCGCCAAAAGAUGACUGA